AAAAUGGUCACAGUUGCCCUUACUUUAAGUAACCAUAGCAACCGGGCGCAUCCGUCAAACAACUCGAAUAAUUUUGCCAAUAAUAAUCGAAUUGCAAUAAUUAUUUAAAAAUAAUUACAAAAAUGCAAACCGUCAAGACGUUGCGUCGCCUACUUCCCAAAACGAAGUCAGUGCAUCUCGACCAGAAAAGCUACGCGAAAAAAAUCGAGUUUCCCCAAGUGACUAUGAACGACCUGCCGAGUCCUGAAGGCGACUAUUACACCCAAAACAACGCCCGCCAGAGCAAGUACAACAUGCACUUGAUGAUCGGGGUUGGAAGUCUGAUUGGAACCAUCGCCUUUGGGGUUGCCACCGACAUGUACAACCUUUUGAGCGACGUUCCGGAGCAACCCGCCGAGAUCGACUGCUACAGGGAAUGAAAUUUGGAAAUAGUGUGAUUGUGGAGUGAUUAAAAUGAUUGUUCUAAAUCUA